AUGACAGAGUCCAUUAAUUUUCUGCUCACGGAACAAUCAUUCACCAUCGACGCGAUCAAUCGCAGUUUGGUGAAUGUCAAGAAGCUGUCCAAAGCACAGACAACUGUAAUCAAACUGGAGAGCCGAUUGAAGAAGCUUCACGAUCAAUGGUCAUCGUGCAAGGCUAUUCAUGUGAGGAUUCUGCAUGCAGUCACGCCCAAGGAAAAAAGCGAACUUCCAUACUUCGUCAAGGAGGAAUUCUAUGCUGCGGAAGAAACGUAUGACGUCACCGUGGACCUGAUCAACGAAGCCAUCAAAAAGCUAAAAAAAUUACACUAUUUAAAAACAAGUGUCACCGGUGACGCAGCGCGAUUAAUAGCGAAUAUUCGAAUUGCGGAUGAAAACUAUGCUGCUACGUGGCAACUGCUAACCGACGAAUACGACAAUAAGUUUGCGAUCAUUCAAUCUCACAUCCAUGCAUUUGCGGAACUCCCGAUAAUGCGAUCGGAAACCGCCGCGGAAUUACGCCAACUUCGCGACUCAGUAGCAGCAUCUCUCGCUGCUUUAGACAGCCUUGAUCGGCCGGUCAAAUCAUGGGAUGAUCUACUCGUUUAUUUGAUAUCACGCAAAUUUAGUUCUAAAACUAAAACCGAAUGGAAUUUAAAAUGUGGUAGCCUGUCGGAAUGCCCGACUUAUAAAGAAAUUCAUGAUUUUAUGACCGUACGCAUCCGUGGACUGACCGAUCAGGGCAUGUCAAUAGAAAAUUCGGCGUCCAAUUCUCGCAAUGGAAAACCGCGCGGUACCGUCAAUAAUAAACAGUUGUGUCGAAAUUGCUUCCGGAAAGGUCAUUCCGCGAACGUCUGUAUGUCACGAGGUCGAUGCUUACGAUGUCAGAAACGACAUCACACGACAUUACAUAAAUUAUUUAAAGCCGAAUCGAAGGAUGACGCGUCUCAGCAAUUACCCGACACGAAAUCAGAGACACUCGUACAAAGGGCGUCUCCCGUCACAGCUACGGUACAAUCCGUAUCGCCGAAAACGCGCUCGCCUGCGAAUAUUCUCCUCGCUACUGCGUGGGUAAUCGUGCGGACACAAGAAGGACGUACUACACUGAUCCGGGAAAUAAAUUCAUGGCCACAUUUGCGCGGAUUGCAACUUGCAGAUCCUGAUCCGUCGAGCGCCCACCAAAUUCAUUUACUAAUCGGGGCCGAUUUAUACGGUGCUCUGCUAAUCGGUGACAUUCGUCAUGGCCCGCCUGGGACCCCGACAGCGCAGUCCACUCUGUUCGGCUGGAUACUCUCCGGACCAACAGGCCCCACGGAUGCAACUCAUCCUCCGGCUGACGUUCACAAUUGCGUCGUUGAAGACGACCUCGCUCCCGUCAUCCAACAAUUCUGGACAGACGAGACAAUUUCUGAUUCCAAGCCUCCGCUAACGGAGGACGAACAACGUUGUGAGCAACAUUUUGCUGCAACUCACAAGCGCGACGUACAUGGCCGCUACGUGGUACGAUUGCCGUUUAAGAAUGGCUCACCGCCGAGUAUAGGUGAAUCAUUUCAAAUCACUUCAGUGCUUCACGCCAAAUUAACAAAUCGGCUGUCACGACAGUCUGAAAUUAGAACGCUCUAUCAUGCGUUUUUAGCAGAUUACGAGGAGCUGGGUCACAUGACCCAGAUCAAACCCUCCACUUCUAAUCUUUCGGACGCGGCUUACAUACCGCAUCAUGCUGUCCUUCGCGAACACAGUACCACCACGAAACUACGCGUGGUGUUCAAUGCUUCCUGCCGUACAUCAAACGGCACUUCAUUAAACGACCAUCUUAUGAUCGGUCCAAAACUCCAACAAGAUUUAGCCGCAAUAGUUCUUCGCUGGCGAUUAUUUCAAUACGUGUACACAGCUGACAUAGCGAAAAUGUACAGACAAAUCUCGGUCCAUCAUGAAGAUCGAGAUUAUCAGCGAAUACUGUGGCAACCCCCGGGUUGUGCACAUAUCAAUCACUACCAAUUAAAUACCGUUACAUACGGCACCGCUUGUGCUCCAUAUUUAGCCAUGCGCGUAUUGCAACAACUAAACGAGGAGGACGGGCACGAGUUUCCCCUCGCACAAACGAUUUUUCGCGACUCAAUCUACGUUGAUGAUACUCUCUUCGGCGCGGAUGAAAUCUCCGACGCCAUCAAAACUCGAGAUCAACUCAUUGCGCUCAUGAAGCGUGGCCAGUUUGAUCUACGCAAAUGGACUGCAAACUCUUCGGAGUUGCUGGCAGACAUUCCGCUUGAUAGGCGGCAAUCGGAUCUCGCUAUUAAAAGCGAUGACUCACUGAAGGUGCUUGGGCUGUCUUGGUCGCCGCACACUGAUUCAUUCUGUUUUAAGGUAUCUUCUGGCACCUCUGGUGCGAACACAAAACGCUCAGUCUUGUCGUUGAUUGCAAAGCUAUACGACCCACUCGGAUGGGCGUCGCCCGUAGUAAUUACGGCUAAAAUUUUGCUUCAAGAGCUCUGGCUCGCAAAAAUCGACUGGGACGAUCCGCUCCCCCCUGAUCUUCUCCAGCACUGGAUUUCAUACUAUUCUGAUUUACCCAAGCUCGAAACAAUUAAAAUUCCACGAUGGACAGGUUCGCAUCGAGAUAAUUUAGGAAUGGAACUACAUGGUUUUGCCGACGCAUCAAAGCGUGCGUACGCCGCUAUGGUGUAUUUGCGCGUUCUCAGAUCCUUUGACGACGUUCAGAUUACGUUGCUAUGCGCUAAAACCAAGGUUGCGCCUCUUAAGACGCUCAGUAUCCCUAGACUUGAACUCAACGCAGCAGUUUUACUCAGUCGACUGAUUAAAUGGAUUUAUCGGUCUUUCAAUCUGUCAAACGUUCCUGUGUACGGUUGGACGGACUCCACUGUUACCCUAGCUUGGAUAACUCAACACCCUUCAAGGUGGCGUACUUAUGUCGCCACUCGCGUAUCGGAAAUCCAAACCACUCUUCCCACAAUUAAAUGGCAUCAUGUCAAAUCAGCUGAGAAUCCGGCAGAUUGCGCCUCGCGCGGCUUGUCUGCUACCGAAUUUAUGAAUCACUCUUUGUGGUUUUCUGGACCGUCCUGGCUCCGCACUCAUUCUUCGACGUGGCCAAUUCAAUCGACAAGCAAAGACAUAUCGAUUAACGCUUUACUGGAGGAAUCCUCCUCGGCGUCGGUGCAUCUUACCGACAAUGUCACUACAUGGAAUCUCCCGAACGACAUUUCAACAUGGACAAAAUUGAUACGGGUUACAGCAUAUCUAUUUCGAUUUGUAACCAAUUUACGCAACCGAUUACAGGGGACUUCAUUGAAUCUUUCGUCUUUAGAAGCGGCCGAACUCCAUCAUGCCGAACACUUUUGGCUUGAACAAGUUCAACGCCAACUGUUUUCUUCAGAAUUGUCAGCGUUAAAACGAAAAGUUUCUAUUUCAAAAUCAAGCCGACUAAGCUCGUUACGCCCAUUUCUUGGGCAAGAUCAAUUAAUACAUCUAGGUGGGCGGUUGAAGAACGCUCUGUUGCCCUAUUCGGAAUGUCACCCGAUCAUUCUGGCUGAUCAUCGAAUCGUACAGUUGCUGAUUGCUAAUGCACAUACGGCCGCCCUUCAUGGCGGCACUCAGUUAACGCUUCGCAUAUUACGGCAACGUUAUUGGAUAAUUUCCGCUCGUUCUCAGGUUAGAAAGUACAUUCGAAGCUGCAUUACUUGUGAGCGGCACCGAGCCGUCACCGCAGACCAACUCAUGGGUCAAUUGCCCGAACACAGAGUUGCGCCGUCCGCAUCGUUCACCUGCACCGGCGUUGAUUAUGCCGGACCAAUACCCUUGACCUUGCGGGCAGCGCGCGGUCAAAAGACCAUGAAGCACUACAUUGCAAUUUUUGUAUGCUUCACUACUAAGGCAAUUCAUCUCGAAUGUGUAGAUGAUUACUCGACAGAAGGUUUUCUCGCUGCCCUGUCUCGCUUUACAAGUCGACGUGGGCUUCCAUCCCACAUUUACAGUGAUAACGGCACGAACUUCAUAGGUGCCGACAAGGAGCUGCGAAAUGCUUUCCGCGUUAUUAUUCAGGAUCCUAUUCUGAAAAGUCAAAUUGCCAAUGACCGCAUUACCUGGCACUUCAACCCUCCGGCAGCACCGCACUUCGGCGGGGUAUGGGAAGCCAAUGUAAAAAACGUGAAGUAUCACUUGAAACGCGUAAUCGGUACGCAUGUGCUAACUCGUGUCGAAUUUCAAACUUUAUUAUGCAGAAUCGAAGCGUGCCUAAAUUCAAGGCCAUUGACGCCAAUGUCGGAUGAUGCUUCGGACUUUACCGCGUUGACGCCUGGUCAUUUUCUGAUCGGUCGACCGCUCGUCAGCGUUCCCGAACAAUCUGUAUCAACGAUACAUCUUAACGCACUUAGCAGAUGGCAGCUUGUGCAGAGACUGCACGAGCAGUUUUGGCAUACAUGGUCUCACGACUAUUUGCAUUCCCUCCAGCAGCGAAGCAAAUGGCGUGACUCCAAGCAGAAUCUCGCGAUUAAUGAUUUUGUUUUAAUCAAAAAUAACGUACUCCCUCCUGCAAAAUGGAACCUUGGUCGAAUCGUCCAAGUGCACCCAGGCGCGGAUGGUCUCGUUCGCGUAGUAACUGUUCGUACAGCAACCAGCUUACUUCAGCGCCCUAUUACUCAACUAUGCAAGCUGCCAAUUGCUAACUGUGAUUCUUUAUCGCGCUCUACGACUCAGUCGAUUUCUGUAAAAUAA